CCGGGCAGGAGGCUGGGCGGCACCGGCUCCCCCUCUGGCCCCCACAAGAAGCCUCUCCACGGUGCACUGCGGAGACACCUCCUCCCGCGCGACUGUCCUGUGGCCGUGGCCCUGGACGGGGUCCAGGGAGAGCCGAGGUCAUCCCUGGAAGGACGAGAACCACCCCCGCGCACUUCUCGGCCCCGAGGUGUCUCUCCUUUGGGAGGACAGCAGAGCCCUGGCCACGCGAGGUGCAGCGGCCGCGCCUGUGUGCGUGUGAGUGUGAGUCCUCACUGCUCUCCCCGUCCUUCCUCCUCAGCCCAGCGGCAUGGCCGCGGCCACCCCGGUGACCAGCCUGGAAGAGGAGGUCAGCUGCCCCAUCUGCCAGGGCGCCCUCAGGGAGCCGGUCACCAUAGACUGCGGCCACAACUUCUGCCGCGGCUGCCUCACGCGGAGUGACAGGCGGAGCGGUGUGUCUGCAGGGGGAAUGAAGGACUCACGAAUGGAGUGGCGUGCCUUCCUGUUUGUGUUCACACUGUGUGCGCUGUUUGGGCGAGGUCUAACCUACUCUUCAGGUCCCUCCAUGCUGUCUCAAAGGGAACAGAUACAGACGUGUCUUGAGUGUCUAAGAAAAGAGACAGAGGAGAUUCAAGAAAUUCAGUCAAGAGAAAAUCAAAGGAUACACUUCCUCCUGACCCAGGUGGCCACCAGGAGACAAAGAGUGAUCUCUGAGUUCGCACGCCUGCGCCAGUUCCUGGAGGAGCAGCACGGGGCUCUCUUGGCCCAGCUGGAGGGGCUGGAGGGGGACAUCUUGAAGCAGCGGGAUGAGUUUGACAUGCUGGUCACUGGGGAGAUGAGCCGGUUCAGCGCCCUGAUCACGGAGCUGGAGGAAAAGAAGGAGCGGUCAGCCAGGGAGCUCCUGACGAAUAUCAGGAGCACGCUAAUAAGAUGUGAAGCCAGAAAGUGCCGGAAACCAGAGGCUGUGUCCCCUGAGCUGGGCCAGAGGAUCCGGGACCUCCCCCAGCAGGCCCUUCUGCUGCAGAGGGAGAUGAAGGUGUUUCUGGAAAAACUCUGCUGUGAGUUGGACUAUAAACCAGAGCUGAGACUUGGAGGUUGGCUGACUGGCCCAAGUCAGCGGGCAGCGGCCAGCACAGCUGUGGCCCCCACUGGGCACCACACUGCCGGACGCUGUUCCACCCUUGCUGCUUGACACAGUCGCUGCAGGGAAGAAACAUCUGCACAGCAUAUGUUUCAAGGGACCUGGCGUAUAUGGCAUACUGUUCUUAAUAUGUUUGCUCCCCCUUUUUAGCGCUAUGUGUUAUAACUAGAGCCACCUCCCCGAGAAAGGUUGUUUCCCCAGGUGGGAAUGUUUCCCUGGAGUUAGGGAUUAACGGGUCUAGG